AUUGCGUUGGUCACACUGUGCGUCUCAUUAUUGUUGUGGUACUUUACAUUUGAAUAUUAUUCACCUUAACAAACAAAUCAUGGAUAUAGACGAAGAUAUCGAAUCUGCUAAUGUGGAAAAUGACGAUGAUGUACUUUGGUCCAUUGAAGAUGAUACAUUGUUCCAGCCAUGUGGUCUGAUAUGCCACUCAUCAUCCAGCAACAACAAGACAAAAUCUGUCUUCGUCACUUGGAAUGAAUAUUAUCUACUGAAUUUUCGCUUUAAGAAAUCGAAGAAAACAAAUAGAAUGGAAAUGACAAAGGUUCGCAUUCCACUGCCAAAGGGCAGUCAUCUACGCAGCAUCCACAUGCUAGAAUACAACACGCUGUUGCUAAUGUCGGACGGUCGAGUUCAUUGCUUUGGUUCCAUUAAAUCACUGCAUCUCAUAUCCUGGCUGAGCGGGGUGCGUGCUUUUGCGCGCACGCAUGAAGGAUUCAGCGUGGUACGCUACGAUGAUGCUACUCAAAAGUUGCUCCUGCAGGUUUAUGUGGACUUGCCCAGCUUGGGCAAGGGAGAAAGCACUCUGCAGUACAGCUACGACAUCACAUAUGACGAACAAAACAUAUUCCAAUGCGAUUGGCAGAAUGAUUGCUAUACCUUGUCAACGAUCACCGUUACACGAGAGCAUGAGAAGUUCAUGCAGUGCUUGUUUGGUGCUUCGGCAAUUGCGAAUAAGCAAAUACACAUAUUCAGCAUUGCGGGUCACAUAUUUGCUCUAACGCCACAGGAAGCGGAUGCAGAUGAAGAUGUGGAUACGGAACAGGCAUACAACAUUGAGCUAAUAUGCAUAUAUACAACGUCUGUUAAUUUUAUGCGUUUGCUGCCCGCACAAAAUUUAUGCUUAGUUUACCUGAGCUGUGGCACUGUGGACAUCUGGUACAUGUCCCAAUUGCUGGGCAUAAAACAGCGGCAGAUGCAUUAUACUGGAAGUGAAUGGUUGGACUUUGAUGCUAGCAGCGACAACGGCGACUUCUACUACACAGAUGGAGAGCAGCUGGUACGUUUGAGAUUCCAAUAUGACGCUCAACUAGAUGAUUGCCAGAUACAGCGCUGUGUGAAGUCGGUGCCCGGCAUGCAAGCCUGUGCUUGGGUGCAGCACAUUGAGCAGCUCGUGUGCCUCAGCGACAAUAAUAUUUUCUACCGGAUCGCAUUUAGUAUGCAGCAACUAUCAGACGAAGAUGAAGAUAAAGAUGAAGGUGUUCAUAACGAUCUAACACCUGCCGCCAUGGAACAACUACGUAGCAAUGCACAAGUUCUGCAGAAAUACGAAAAGCAGCCCAAUGAACUAAUGACAGCAAUACAGCGUGAAUAUGAAAAGCAGCAACUGGUGGCUGUUGCACGCAACGAAGCCAGCUUUGAAGGCAGCUUAGAGGCAACGCUAGAGUUUCGCAGACAGCUACCAGUCUUUGGAGCUAAUGCUCUGCUGUUGCAUACAGCCAGACAGGCGAAACUUGAUAGCAGUGGCAUUUAUGCCAUAUUAAAAUUAUCGUUCAACGACAGUCAAAAGUUGCUUUACAGCAGUCACUGGCAAUUGCUCGUUUAUCAUGGAGACGAUGCCCAUGUACAUCGUGUGCCCACGGACUUGCUUUUGAGUCGCAAAUGUAGAAUUAUAAUACCAUUACAGAAAGCUUUUAAAGAGCGAUUGCCUGAAUUUACGAUUAAACUAGUUGCAUUUCUGGAGCUACAAACACAAUUAAGCGCAGUUCUGCUGCCAUGUCGAGUGCAGGAGUACAGCGAUACAUAUAGCGCGCUAUUCAGUGGACAACUUUGUUCCCUGAAUCUGUAUAACAAAUUGCAAUUGUUAGAUAUUUUGCCUAAACCAAAUACAAAGAGGUCGAAGCCUAUAGUUGAACAAAAGAUGACGUCGCCUGGUUGCUUAAGCUUGGCACAAAUUGCUGAUAUUUGUAAUGCCAGUGGCAAAAUUGAAAAUAAUAUGCUAGAUUUAUAUUUUAUAGAUAGUAAAUUAAGGAUUUCUAGCAGCCUAGAAGAUCACAUAACUGUUUUAACUAUACAAAGUGAAGAUGUUACGGCACUAUAUCAUAUCAAGCAGCACUUAUUUUUAAAUGUGGAUCCAGCCUAUGAUCCUUCAGCGCCCCACGAAGCAGCGUACUUAAAAGUUUUGAAAUUUCAACAUGAAAUUGAUCGAUUAUAUGGCACUCAAUAUGCUGGUGAAGAAUGUGAAGCGAAUGCCCAAAUACAUUUAGAGUCACUGUUAUUGAAAUAUAAUACACUACGUAAUACAGUUUUUUAAAUUCACCAGACUUUUAAAUUAUUUACUUCGCGCGCAUAUAAAUUAUUAAUAGCAAAGCGCCAUCUGGCGCAGUUU